UCCAUGAGGAUUGGGGUACUAGAGGAAUAAUAUCGAUUGAGGUUAUGUCGCUAGUUCUUCGAGUUCGGGGACCGAGGGCUGCUUUAACCCCCGACUGCAUGCCUGCCAACAUAAGUAUACUCCACAUCUUUGCCGUAUCCAGUCUUGAAGAAUCAAUCUAACCCACAUUUCCGGUUUUCCUCCUAUCGCCUUGCUGAACCUUUCUUCGACAUGUCGAACGAUGGCUUUACCGUUGUUGUUUUCGUGACUCGCAAGCCAGACCUUUCCCCCGAUGCCUUCCAGGAUUACUGGGAGAACCACCAUGUGCCUUUACUCCGACGACUUGGCGGAUCCACAUUUCCACGCAGUCAUAUUCGACACUAUCUGAAACGUGAUAGCGAAGCCCCCGGUUUCCCCGCUGCUGUAGUGGUCGGGGAGCCAUCCGACUGUACCUAUGAUGGUUUUGCCAUUAUCAACUUCGAGAGCGAAGCCGCAUUUCGAGAAUUUCUCCCCGUUAUGUCGACUGCCGAGGUGUCAGAGGACGAGCAUAAAUUCACAGAUCCGUCCAAAAUGAGAGUCGUAGUGCUUGGUGGCGUGAGGAAGACGACAGAUUGAACUGUGAAUUGUUUACUCUCACAAAUGCCGUAUUGCAUAUAUCAAGUUAGGGUGAUUGGUCCAAUGUAAAAGGUUUUCAGACAUUAUGCAAAGAGUUUGGCGCUAUUAUUUUGUAACGGUAGAACUUAUUUAAGCUGUUGUUCACCUAGAA